GAACAAUAUCAAUGUAAGGAUUGAUUGAGUUUAUUAUUUAAGUGUGAUGUAUGUUUCUUUGCAUUUUAGUAUUCAGCCUAUUUUCAAAAUUAAACAGGGGAUAACCGCUGUUUACUUUCAAGUGUCUCAAGGUGAAACUGUCAGCAAGACUGCAGCACCAGCUGUACUUUGUGGUAAACUGGUGACCAUUUUGAAAGUUGUUCGGGAUUCACUUGUUGACCCUACAUCUACUUCUGGUGACUCUGAACCCAUUAGGAAAUUAGGUGAUCAGCUGUGGCGUGAUAUGUCACACUUAAUCAUUAGUCAUUGUCUUGUGCACACAAUUCCUAAACAAAGUAGUGAGUUGUUGUCGUAUCAGGAAGUGAUUAGCUGUGUUUCAGACUUUGAACGUCAGUUGGCUGAGUUAGUGCAACACAAGCUUGUGCGACAGAAAAUAUAUUGUGUCGUCAUCACCCUCUAUGUAGGGUGGAAUACCAAACGAGUCAUACCUUUUGUCAUGCUUCAGAUUCGAUGCUGCUGUCAGUAUGGGUGCAUCAUUCCAGAGCAGGCCAUUGUUGUAGAUAUCUUCACGGACUACAAUAAUGUCAGCAGUGCUAAGAAGGGGCUGGUAAGAGUAAGCCCACGGACCUCUGUUGUGGAUGUCAUAAGUUUGCUUGGGCAAUACAAGAAGUUCUGCAUCACAAACCAGACAGCAAGAAAGCGUGAUGGGUCACUGUGUAAAGCUGGCGCAUGUUGUUUCAACUUUUGUAGCCAAAUCCACACAGGAUAUAUUGGUGACGAUGUUGAUGCGUUGACACAAUAUGCUAAGGAUGUUAAUGUUCACUUUGCUAACCAGAAGUGUCAAGAUUUACUGGUUGAAGCAAGGAGAAUUCUUUUGACUGAUAUGCACACUACACUGCUAAUCGAUGACACCAAAGAAAGAGGUGGGCUUUUGUUGCUGGAUAAGCCUUUAGACGUAGACAAGGAAGCUGUGCAUGAAAGAACAGUUGGAUUUAGUAGCAGCGUUUUACAGCAAACAACUCAUCAUUUUCCAGCUUGCCAUGUCAGUAAAAAUGUCAAAGAGUUGGUGGAUCUUGCAUACAAGACAUUGAUUGAAGCAACAGAAUCAAGUCAAUGUGGUGUUCAGUUAUUCUUUGCUGUGAGAGACAUGUUUGAACUGUUUCGUGCAGUUGCACCAUCCUAUCACAAGAAAAUUCUGGAAGAACUUCCACAGAUGGCUGCUAUUCACCACAACAACUGCAUGUAUAUUGCACAUCAUCUCAUUACUUUGGGACACCAAUUUACGAAUUAUCUUCCAUGGCCAGUUGAUAAGGGAACGGCUACUUUUAUUGACAUGGUUUCUCUACUUAGAAAAUGCGGCGAAGACUGCUAUCUCACACAGUUGAGACGCCAGAAGUCCAUUAUAUUAGAAAGUCUUUCAACAGCUGAAAAUUUGGUUGGUGCUGCUCAUCCAGGCCAAGCUGAAACAAUAGAGAAAGCAUUAAAACAGGUCAUUCAGCAUUUGCUGUAUUUGAGUCGUCUGUUAUGGGCUAUUCUACCUGUGGAUGUGUUCUUCAAGACAAUUGGGGGUUUGUUGAAUGCUGCAUUAGAAAGCAUAGUCAAAUGUGUUCUGAACUUGCAGGAUAUUUCAGCAAAAGAAGCUGGACAUCUGCAUCAGUUGUUGUCUGUCGUGUUGAAUGAAGCACCAACUGUGUUCAAACAUGUCUCUGAGAGUGCUGAAGUAUCAAAGAUCUUUAGCAUUGCUCAGUAUGUUAAACAGUGGCCAAGAUUUGAGAAGCUGUUGGUGAUUUUGGAAGCCACUUUGCAGACAAUAGUUGACAUGUGGGGUGAUGGAAAGACAUCAUUUGCUAAGCAGUUUACAGUGUCUGAAGUUCGUAGUUUGAUCAGAGCUUUGUUCAAGAAUACUGACAGGCGAGCUGAAGCACUUGCUAAAAUUAAGACAUUAUCAAAGUAGUGUAGAAAUGCUUUCUUUGUUGUCACUGCACUCAUUGGAUAGAGAAAUGUUGUUGAUGAUGCGGAUGAUAAGCAAUUGAUAGUGCAUACAUGUAA